AUGCUUUGGCCCGUGCUGUUCACCCUGCAAGCCGUCUGCACCAACGCGGCACAUGCCAUGCAACAUUACCCGGCGGCCUGGGGACACUAUGACGUGUGCAAGUCCCAGAUCUAUACGGAGGAGGGCCUGGCAUGGGACUACAUGGCCUGUCAACCAGAAGCCACCGACAUGACAAAGUACCUGCGAGUGGCCCUCGACCCCCCAAAUAUCACGUGCGGAGAUCCACCAGAAACGUACUGCGCUUUGGAAAAUCCUUAUAUGUGCAACAAUGAAUGUGACGCCUCCACUGAGGAGCUGGCUCACCCUCCGGAGUUGAUGUUUGACUUUGAGGGUCGAAACCCCACAACUUUUUGGCAGUCCACCUCAUGGAAGAAAUAUCCCAAGCCCCUGCAGGUUAACAUCACAUUGUCAUGGAACAAGACCAUUGAGCUGACUGAUGACAUCGUACUGACCUUCGAGUCAGGCCGACCAGAGCAGAUGGUCCUGGAAAAGUCGCUCGACUAUGGCCGGACCUGGACCCCGUACCAGUUCUAUGCCACUGACUGCCUGGACGCCUUUACCAUGGAACCCAAGACAGUGAAUGAUCUCACCCAGCGCACCCUGCUGGAUAUCAUCUGCACCGAGGACUACUCCAGAGGCUAUGUGUGGAAGAAUGACAAAACGGUACGUUUUGAGAUAAAGGACCGCUUUGCCCUGUUUGCCGGGCCUCGACUACACAACAUGGCUUCACUGUACGGCCAGCUGGAUACCACCAAGAACUUGAGGGACUUCUUCACCAUCACUGAUGUGAGGAUUAGGCUGCUGAAGCCAGCCACUGGAGCCACCAUGGUGGAUGAGAACAACCUGUCCAGAUAUUUCUACGCCAUCUCUGACAUCAAGGUGCAGGGCAGGUGCAAGUGCAACCUGCAUGCCAACAGCUGUGUGUUUGACAAGGGGAAGCUGGGCUGUGAGUGUGAACACAACACCACAGGGCCAGACUGCAGCCGCUGUAAGAGGCACUACCAUGGAAGAGCCUGGAGUGUGGGCUCCUACCUCCCUAUACCCAAAGGAACUGCAAAUAUAUGUAUUCCCAGUAAUCAUGGACCAGUGCAUCGAGCAAAUGCCUCAUCUCUUGGUGUUGCAAAUCGUAACCAAGCUCGAGUGUGUGACAACGCGAUGCUGCGCUGUCAGAACGGCGGCACGUGCCACCACCAUCAGCGGUGCCAUUGUUCCCCCGGCUUCACGGGCGUCCUGUGCGAGAGAGCUCGCUGCCAGGGCCCCGGGGAGUGUGAUGACCAAUUGUCGGGACGUGCCUCCUUCCAUCAUCCCCUGAUCGGCUGCCACCUCACUCUUACCCUCGUAGUGCUCCUGCUGUUGAUUGUCUCCCUUUGCUGAGAGACCCGAACGGCCUCCAAUCCUCAACCAGACCCUAAGACCACAUAUGAUGAGACUGAACUCUCAACCUUAAGGACAUGAAGGACAAAGGAUGUGUGGACAUUGUGCUCAGCAUACAAUAUAAGCAACUCUUUUGUAUAUUGUAUAAGGCCGUAGUGGUGGGUGACAGAGUUGCUAACAGGUUGUGCACUGAUACUGUUAUACUGAAUGAUAGGAGGAUUUAUGAAAGGCUAGGUGAAGUCACUGCUGUCUUUUAAUGUCAUGGAGGAAACGGUUGGAGCCCUCACUUUGUGAUGAUGUCAUUGGCUGAUACUUCAUUAAGGCAGACUGGAGACUCAGAUCGAGCUACCCACACUUUGAGAGCAAACUGUACAAAACUAGACACAUGAUUUCUAAGUAUCAUCUGAAGUUAUUAAAAAAUAAUAAGGUGGACGGGGACAUCUUAAAACAUCUUGCCUCACUGCCUCCUUCCGUACUUGUUAUCUUCUUCUUCCCUCCUUUCUCCUUUUCCAUCACCCCCAUCCCCCAUCCCCCUCCACUUUCUCCUUCCUGUGCUUUGGUGACUCUGGUGAUUUUUCUUUGCUGAAGGGUGUCUGUUGUUUUGCCAAAUGCUGCACAUGUAUUAUUAUCAAGCCCUCUGACAAGUACCAAUCUAGUACUUUUUUGUCUUUCUCAGAGGCUUUGUAGUCAUGCUUGAGCUCACCUGUAUGGGAAAAAAAAA